UUGGUUGUUUCAGCAGCAUGUUGUUUGAAUGGGAACAGGAAGUAGUGUUCUCAGUUAGCUAGCUGACUAGCUAGUUAGGAGCUAAUUCUCAAGUCGCAAUAAGUGUAUUACCUUUAAGUCCUUGAAUGGCGACAUUCCAAAUGUAUUAAUCGGCUGAUGACGGGAAGUUUGAAGACGGAUCUACGCAGCGGAAAUGGGUAUUAAAUAAUAAUCUGUCCGGAGAGGUGAGUGCUUGCUCAUCAUGCCGAUGCUAACAGAGCGCUCUCUGUCAGCCAACACAAGCCUCAGCCAAAGCGACGGUGCAGCAGACAGGGAUCAUUCUGAUGACGGGGCAUCUACAGCUGGCAGGAUGCAGCAGAAAAGGAACAUCCAGAUCAUUGAGUGGGAGGACCUCGACAAGAGGAAGUUCUACUCUUUUGGGGUGUUCAUGACGAUGACGAUUCGGGCCACCGUCUACCCCGCCACACUCAUUCGCACACGGCUGCAGGUGCAGCGGGGCAAAUCCCUAUACAGCGGCACAUUUGAUGCCUUCUUCAAGAUUCUCCGAACGGAGGGUGUUCGAGGACUUUAUCGCGGCUUCAUGGUCAACACGUUCACACUGAUCUCAGGCCAGGCUUACAUAACCACCUACGAGCUGGUGAGGAAGUACGUCUCCCAGUACUCUAAGGACAAUACGGUGAAGUCUCUGGUGGCAGGCGGCUCAGCCUCUCUGGUGGCUCAGAGCAUCACUGUGCCCAUAGAUGUUGUGUCUCAGCAGCUGAUGAUGCAGGGUCAGGGGGAGCACCUCAGCCGCUUUCGACUCAGUACUGACUCAGAGAAAGGAAAACCCAAACAAGUGUUUGGUCAAACCAGGAACAUUAUGACUCAGAUUUUUGCAGCUGAUGGUUUCAGGGGCUUCUACAGGGGAUACGUGGCUUCUUUACUCACUUACAUCCCAAACAGUGCUGUCUGGUGGCCUUUUUAUCAUUUCUAUGCUGAGCAGCUCUCUAAUCUGGCUCCCAGUGACUGCCCUCAUCUGAUUCUACAAGCCACUGCAGGACCUCUGGCUGCUGCUACUGCCUCAACUGUUACCAACCCAAUGGAUGUGGUCAGAGCCAGAGUACAGGUUGAAGGGAGGAGUUCAGUCAUAGAGACGUUCAGGCAGCUGAUUAAAGAGGAGGGCUUCUGGGGACUGACCAAAGGACUGUCUGCUCGCAUCAUUUCCUCCACACCCACCGCCAUCGUCAUGGUGGUCGGCUACGAGACGCUAAAAAAAAUGAGUCUGAGACCCGAGCUGGUGGACUCCAGACACUGGUAGAAGACACCUGAAGUGACGACAUAUGGACCACGUGCCAUUUUAACCCUCACAUUCGACUUCCUGUGAAUGCAGUGGAUGAGAGAGGUAUGUUUUUAAUAACAGCCCGGGGAACAAAAAAGAAUCACCUUUAACCAACAACACCCGCGUAUAAGACUUUGACUUGUAUGUAUUACUAACACACUAGUUUCUGAUUAAUACAAAGGCAGAUCCAUUCACACCAGAUCCAGCUUCAGAAUUUGUUUGUGUGGCUGCCAACAGGUUUGUUUUGCUUUUGUAGUGCAUUGAAGAGCUCUGGAUGAGAUAUUUUCACACUUGAAGAGACAGACAGGUCGACAGGUCUCUAAAAACAUCUUUUUUACUAGAUCAUUUAAAAAAUAAAGGCAGAUGAGAAGGAUUUUUCAAAGAAAAAAUUGAAUUUAAAGACGAAUUGACUAAUAUAAGCUGUCACUCUUGAACCAUUAGAAGUUUUUGGUGUUGUAUAGAGAGCCUGUAUUUCCUGAUUUUGCUCUAAAGGGUUUUUGGAAACCUCACUCUUACAGCACUGAUACAUCAGAGAAAAGCAACCUUUUUAAUACCACUGGGUAUUUGUACUCGUUGCGUCUGAUUUGGUUAAUCCUCUAACACGGUAAGCAAAACCUUCAGCACACAAUUUCAAGGAACUAUGUUGCAACACAGAGCAAACAGUGCACAGCUCUCACUCCUUGGCCUCAUUUCUCUUAGAGCUCUAUUCUUCGGCUGACACUGCCACCUGAGUCAAGAGCUCAGGAAGCUCGUCUUAACUCUCCUGUCUGAUCACAGGGAACAGCAAAUGUUGAUGCAACUGACAAAUCCUACUCAUGCUGCCUUUAGAUGAAUCAGCACACACUCUAUAAUCAUGGUCAAGCAUCUAUGCAGUGGAGAAAAGUUUGAUUGAUUGGUGGCCGACCUUUACCUCAAUACUUAAUGCUACUGAUGGGUACCAAGCAAAUCCUACCCAUGUCCAUUUCCUUACGACCCAGCUUCUGUCUGUUCUGCGGUUCCUUCCUCUCUGCCUUUUGAAAUUACUGCCUUCUUAGCGUGAUCAACACAAGCAGUUUGCUUUUUGUUCAUAUUUUAUUGCCCACAGUGCGAGAAGAACAUCAGGUUUUUGAACCUGUGCAUCGUGGCAGCCUCUGUUUAUUUAAUUUAAUGUUUUAACCUUCAAAGACUGAAUCAGGAGAUGACAAAUUCCAUGCAGACAGUAGACAUUCAGCACAAAUAUCUACACUCUUGUCACUUGCAAGUAAACUGACUGACAGGUGUUGUGGAAGAUGAUGCAGUGAUGAAGCUGAUUCAUGAACGACAUAGCUGCUGGUUAAAACCUGAGAUGAGGGAGGUUGAUGUUUGAGUGCAAUACUGUAAAUGUUUCAUUCUUAUCAUCAGAAAAAAAGUCUGAUUGUAUAAUUCCUGUACAUUGUGUGAGAACAUGUUUAAAAGAAUGUGUUAUACCUAAUUUAUUGUCCUGUUUAAGUUUCUGGGAUUAUGACCACUGAAGUGUCUCAGCUUCUCAUGUUCUGUCCGUUCUGUGUUUGUGUUCGAUGAAGUCUGUUGCUUUUGUAACCUGUGAUUCCUGAACGGCCGUCAAGGAAAGAUGAUUCUUUAUGAAAAAAAUCAAGUAUAACAUCAGAAAAUGUUGAAACUGAUCAUAUUCUCAAAGUGAAAAUGUAAAUAUGAUGUAAGAUGUCACAUUAUAGAAAAAGGAGAAAUAUAAGGGGAGGUUUUAGUUUGAUAUGGGGGAACAUUUGAUUAAAUGAAGUUGUGAACAGAUUUGCUCAGGUCAAGAUGAACUCUGGAAUACCUUGUAAAUCCAUGCUCUGUUGUUUGAAGUUUUAGUUUCUGAAGCACAUUUUCAUGCAGUGACACACGUACUACUUCAUCCUUUUGUAAAGACUUGUUUCUCUGAAACAUUUUAGCUGUGUGUGAGGGAAGGGAAUCAUCCAGCUGCUGUCAGAAGACUGAAGGAGGUCUUUGUUUUUUAUUUUCUCUGAACAGAUUUUAAAUCUAAAAGUGUUGUCAGAUUAUGUCAUCAAUGAGAAAGGGAGAGAUUAGUCCUCUGCUCUAAAUCAGAAGCUGACAUGAACGGGGAACAUAAUAUUUGAAACCAUGCUUUGUGUCUGUGUGUCCUGGUUCAUCUGUUCAGUCAAUAAAACAUCACAACUGCUUCAAA